CAUCACAACCCAGACGGACAACAUGAAAUUGUUUGACGACAACUACGGCUCAUUUAGUCCUUGAAUGUGUUUUUCUUCUAAGAGAAUCGAGACUAGAGGAGAUAACCCUCAGCAGCUCCAUAUAUCCAGAGUUCUGUGAUUGUAGGACCGUAUACGAGACACGUUUACAAUCACAAUCUCUCCUUAAGUCUUGAACAACCAUUCCACUUUCUACAAUGACGUAUGUCUGCUGUCAAAUCGGGUCAUCUUGCCCUCUUGUAUUUGUCAUUCGAUGAUGAUGGUCAGUCCUGUGCGGGUGGAACAUGGCCAUCGUCACAGCUGCCCCGAGUGUUUGAGUCCUGAGGCCAUGUGACACGUCACGCUUCUAUUUGUGAACCGGACACCUGAAUGGUGAAGUUCCUACAGCAGAGCAUCGGUACACAUAGUGCCAGCCAGGAUGAUUCUGGCCAAACUGAAAGACGUGGGGAGGCAGCUCCUGCGGGUGAAGGUGGUCGACUGUAACGCCGAGGACUCCCGCUUGUGUCGAUGCCUCAACACGUUCGAUCUGGUGGCCCUCGGGGUCGGCAGCACGCUGGGGGCCGGCGUCUACGUGCUCGCCGGCGCCGUGGCCCGAAGCAGCUCCGGACCGGCCAUCGUCCUCUCCUUCCUCAUCGCCGCCCUGGCGUCCGUCCUCGCCGGCCUGUGCUACGCCGAGUUCGGAGCCCGUGUCCCCAAAACCGGCUCGGCCUACCUCUACAGCUACGUGACCGUGGGAGAACUGUGGGCCUUCAUCACGGGCUGGAACCUCAUCCUCUCUUACAUCAUCGGAACUUCAAGCGUGGCCAGAGCGUGGAGCGCGACCUUUGACGAGCUGAUUGGACGGCACAUCGAGAUAUUCUGCAGACAAUACAUGACCAUCAAGGCCCCGGGCAUCCUGGCAGAGUAUCCGGACAUAUUUGCCGUCUUCAUCAUCAUCACUCUGACAGGACUGCUUGUAUUCGGAGUGAAGGAGUCGGCCGUGGUAAAUAAAGUGUUCACCUGCAUCAACGUGCUGGUGCUGCUGUUUGUGGUCAUCUCCGGCAUGGUGAAGGGAAACCUGGAGAACUGGAACGUGAACCCUGAAAAGAUCCUCAACUUCACCAGAAACUCCAGCCUCAACAUGACUUAUGCUUUGCCAUCAAAAGAAUCCCUUGGUGAGGGCGGUUUUAUGCCGUUUGGCUUCUCCGGAGUCCUCUCUGGUGCGGCCACGUGUUUUUAUGCCUUCAUCGGGUUUGACUGCAUCGCCACAACAGGAGAGGAGGUGAAGAACCCCCAGAGGGCCAUCCCUGUCGGGAUCGUGGCCUCGCUCCUCAUCUGUUUCGUGGCGUACUUCGCCGUGUCCGCUGCGCUCACUGUGAUGAUGCCUUACUACCUGCUGGACAAGAACAGCCCUCUGCCGGUGGCCUUUAAGUACGUGGGCUGGGAGGGAGCCACGUACGCCGUGGCCAUUGGCUCUUUGUGCGCCCUGUCCACCAGUUUACUAGGCUCCAUGUUCCCAAUGCCCAGAGUGAUCUGGGCCAUGGCAGAAGACGGGCUUCUCUUCAAAUGUUUGGCUAAAAUCAGCGAACGAACCAAAACCCCUCUAACAGCUACAAUAGCAUCGGGUGUUGUGGCAGCUGUGAUGGCGUUCCUGUUUGACCUGAAGGACCUGGUUGACCUGAUGUCCAUCGGCACCCUGCUGGCUUACACCCUGGUCGCUGCCUGUGUGCUGGUCCUCAGGUACCAGCCCGUGCAGCCCAGUGCGUCCUACGAGAUGGCCAACACUCAGGAGGAGCCGGACAUCGGGGAGUCGUGUAGCGAGGUGAACAUCGACAUGCUGCCCCCGCCCGCAGAUCGCCUCACCAUCAGGAACCUGCUUUCCCCCUCGAACACAGAACCUUCCCGACUGUCUGGCUCCAUUGUGAAUGUUUGCACCAGUAUACUCGGUGUGUUGGUGUUUGUCUUCAGCAUUGUGGCGGUUCAUGGAGGGAUGGCGCCCUGGUCUCUGACCAUCCUCACCAUCGUCACGUUGAUCUGUCUGGUUCUCUGCGGCAUCGUGUGCCGACAACCUCAGAGCAAGACCAAGCUCGCCUUCAAGGUUCCCCUGCUGCCGUUUCUCCCAGUCAUCAGUAUGUUUAUUAACGUUUACCUGAUGAUGCAGCUCGACAGAGGAACCUGGCUGCGGUUUGCCAUCUGGAUGGCUUUAGGUUUUGUUAUCUACUUUGGAUACGGCAUUCGAAACAGCGCAGAGGCCACGUCGAACAAGUCCGGUCCCUACAAGCCAGCCAGCAUGAUGAUGGAGCCCAUGACCAAGGAGAAGAUGGCCUUCCUGCGUGACGGGCAGAGCGCCACCGCAGACGAUGAAGACGACGACGACGAAGAUUGAGGAAACAGGAGGUUCCCUAAUCGACUCUGUUCUGCGUAUAUCAAAACAAUGACGUGUGUCGGAAAUCGCUGUAAAUCCAGGAGACGUAUGGAGACUCGUGUGAACCCGUCACUCAGAGCAUUCAGGUUUUUUUUAUUAAAUUGUCUAAUUUGGCUGUUUGACUCAGUAAAAGAUGAGAUGAAUACUGGAACCCAAGACUUUAAAGUCAAGAAAACAAAAUUUGUAUAGAUAAAAUGGGAUUUUUAUGUUUUAACUAUUUUGAUACGAUACCUUUUUACUGAGCACAAAUGAAGCUGUGGAUAGGAACCAGGGCAAAAGUUCAAUACGUGCAGUACACAUGUGUAUUGGUAACGUUUAUUUUGGUUCCUUCAUCUACAGGAUCAUUUUUUUUUACGAUUGAUACUUUUUCUUUUUUUUUAAAGUUAUAUUCGAGCUUGAACUUUUUGAGAGUUCAGUAUCUGUUACUUUCCUGAUGAGGGCUGAUGCUGAACAAUGAACACCCCCCCCCACACACACACACACACACACACACACACCCAGUGAUCAGCUGCUGGUUCAUCACAAGAUCAUUAACAGUAAAUUAAACGACAGGACGUCACUGUGACUUUUAAUAAGUACAUAAUUACAAACUAUAAAAGCUUUUUUAAUGAAAUGCAGCUCAACUUGGCUUUCGGGCGACUUCGCUUGGCAGAUUUCCUGGUAGAUUUUUGUCACUCAUCUUGUCGGGUUACUACUUUUUACAUCCACAUCCUUUUCCGUUGCAUUUGAAUGUUUAAUUAAGAAUAUGUAAAUAAUAAUUUCUCAAAUCACAGCUGAUGAAUCCCACUGUGUUUUAAAAGGGUGACUGCUGUUACUGGGGAAAGUUCUAGAAAACACAACUGUGUGUCUUUUAUUUUUAUACAAUAACUGUGGAGCUCAGACAGUCACAGCAUGGUGCUACGUACACUGUGAUUGAAGAGGUUGAUGUUUCGUGGAUUUGUCUUUGUCCUCAUGCUCAAGGCACAAACAUUUAUCUGCGGAGGUCCGGUCGUCUCUCGCUGUAACAGAAGAUACGAACACAAAAUCCAAAACACGACUUCAAAAGCCACACAAUGGAAACACAAUCGCAACGGAAGUGAGCGACAACGGAGGCUGGUGAUGAAAUGAGAAGAGUAACUUUCUGCUGUCGGGUCACGAUCUGUCUUUUCUGAGAACUUACUCAAAUUUUGAUGCUUUUCUAUUUGAGGAGUUACGGUAUAGGUGCCUUUUUGCUUACCUUUUUUACCGUAAAACUUCAAAUAAACAAGCAUCGUGUUUUAAGCAGUGAUUGGAUUGUCCAGGUUUUUGAUCGCAUCAGGUUUCUCUUCUCGUUUCAUCG